GGGGGGGGAAUGAUGCCCGGGACAUAACCGCGCCUCGAGUUCGGACCACUCAGCCUCCUGGCUCCUAAUAUGGAGCAAGAGGAAGACUUGGCUACACAAAAUUCCAAGGAUAUAUCCAAGACUCCUAUUCGACCCAUCCUAGAUGGUACAGAGGACCUUAUGGGAGAGACAGCCCCCUACAAGUGUUCCAUCUGCAGGAAGAGCUUUGCAAAGACUUCUAAUCUUGUCCAGCAUGAGAAAAUCCACACGGGUGAGAAGCCCUACAAGUGCUCUCACUGUGGCAAAAGGUUCACUCGGAGCAACAACCUGGCAGAGCACGAACGAAUCCAUACAGGAGAGAAACCUUACAAAUGCCCAGAGUGUGGGAAGACUUUUAACCGCAGCUCGAUCCUCCUCAGACACCGGAGGAUCCACACAGGAGAGAAACCUUACAAAUGCACCAAGUGUGGGAAGAGCUUUGACGAGAGCGCGAGGUUACGUGUACACCAGAGAACCCACGUGACGGAGAUGGCCUUUCUCAUCGACAGCAAUGGGGAGGCCACCGCCAUCACAGCCAGCGGCAUGGCUCACAGCUGCUCCGACUGUGGCAAAACAUUCAGCCUGUACUCCAAUCUCCUGAAACACCAAAGAAUCCAUACGGGGGAGAAGCCCUACCGGUGUGGCCAGUGUGGCAUCAACUUCAGCGAGGCCUCUAACCUGGUUCGGCACCAGCGGUACCACGCGCGGGACAAACCCUACCAGUGCCCCAUGUGCCAGAAAAGAUUUGGCCAAAGUUCGCACCUGAUUCAGCACCAGAGAAUCCAUACCGGGGAACGGCCCCACAAGUGCCCCGACUGUGGGAAGAGCUUCAUUGAGAACUCUACCCUGAAGAAGCACCAGAGAAUCCACACUGGGGAGAAGCCCCACCAGUGCCUGGAGUGCGGGAAGAGCUUCAGCCUCAGCUCCCACCUCGUGACACACCAGAGGAGCCACACGGGAGAGCGGCCCUACAAAUGCGAGGACUGCGGCAAAGGGUUCACCGAUACGUCCUCGCUCAUUAUCCACCGGCGAAGCCACACGGGGGAGAAGCCCUACAAGUGUGACGUGUGUGGGAAAGGCUUUGUCCUGAGCUCUGUUUACCUGAACCACCACCGGACUCACACCGGGGAGAAACCUUUUGGGUGCCCUGACUGUGGCCGGGCCUUCCGCCAAUGGUCACAGCUGGUCAUCCACCGGAGACUCCACACAGGGGAACGCCCUUACAAAUGUCCUUACUGUGACAAGGGAUUCUGCGACAGCUCCACCUUGACCAAGCACAAGAGGACUCACACCGGAGAGAAGCCCAAUACGUGUACAGAGUGCGGGGUCAGCUUUGGCUCCAAAGCACUGCUUUUAGCACACCAGACGCUUCACGGGGAAGAGACAGCCUCCUUAGACAUCCUCUAGACUGCAAACAGCCCACUCAGUCCUUGUCAUACAUACAGUAUUUCAUGCAUAGGGAAAUGGUGGGAACUCCACCUGGUGGAAAGGUGUAUGGAACCAGCUGUGUUCUUUAACUUCCAGGCCCAGGGCUAUUUUGGGGCAGG